CUUUGAGUAAUCGUCUCUCUCUCUCGUUUGGUUCGAUCGAAAAUCUUCGAUCAGCGUCUUCUAGCUCCAGCUUCGCGAUAUUCAACUCAAGAGACAAACAAUUAAGCUCUGUUUCCAAUGGGAAAUCGUCUGUUAGGGUUGUGGGCGAUUGUGAUUUUACUUGUCGGAAGCUUGAUCGGCGCUUCCGAUGCAUCGAUUCACGAGUACAAGAACGAAGGCUUCACCGCACGCGCCAAUGCUCGGUUCUUCCAUGGAGGUAGCGAAGGUCUCUACGCUUCCAAGUUUCAGGAUGUAAACACUUCUUCUGAUAAACCUCUUAAAGGAAAGUCCUUUAUAAGGUUUGAUGAUGUGACCUUUGUGAGGACAGUGGAAUCUGCUAGUAAACAGAAUGCAAUGCAAUCAACUGCAGGGCUAGUGGAAGCAAUCUUACUUGAAGUGAAAGACCGUGAUAGAAUUGGGGGAUCUUUUCUCAAAUCCGAAGCAAUUUGUUGCACACCAGAGCUUGCUGAUACUGGAUCUUGCAGCCUUGGGGAGGUUAUCAUCAACAGAGAUUCUAGUGAGUGGCCAAGACAGAUCAAGACUUACUUUAAAGGGAACAAGACAGAAGUUAAUAUGUCCCCUGAAACAGUGGUUAUAAAUAAGACUGGAAUGUACUAUCUUUAUUUCAUGAUUUGUGACCCGGAAUUGGAUGGCACUAGAAUCAGAGGAAGAACAGUUUGGAAGAACCCUGAUGGUUAUUUACCAGGAAAGGUUGCUCCUUUGAUGAAGUUUUUUGGAUUCAUGUCGUUAGCUUAUCUUCUGCUUGGCCUAGUUUGGUUUGUGCGGUUUGUUCAGUUUUGGAAGGAUAUAAUUCAGCUGCACUAUCAUAUCACUUUGGUUAUUGCUCUUGGCAUGUGUGAAAUGGCUGUUCGAUACUUUGAGUAUGCUAAUUUCGACUCGACUGGUAUGAGACCAAUGGUUGUUACUCUGUGGGCAGUGACUUUUGCUUCCAUAAAAAAAACGCUUUCCAGGCUUCUUCUUCUGGUUGUUUCUAUGGGUUAUGGGGUCGUAAAGCCUACACUUGGUGGCAUAACCUCGAGGGUACUUCUUCUUGGAGUCAUAUAUUUUGUUGCAACAGAGGCUCUUGAGUUGGUUGAGCAAUUGGGGAACAUCAAUGACUUUUCUGGAAAAACAGUGAUAUUUUUGGUGAUACCCGUGGCAUUACUGGAUGCAUGCUUUAUCCUGUGGAUUUUCUCAUCAUUGGCGAGAACUCUUGAGAAACUUCAGAUUAAGAGAAACAUGGCUAAGCUUGAGCUGUAUAGGAACUUCACUAACACACUCGCUAUCUCUGUGCUGCUCUCUAUUGCUUGGAUUGGUUUUGAGCUAUACUUCAACGGAACUGACCCUCUAAUCGAACUCUGGAGAAUGGCGUGGAUCAUUCCAGCUUUUUGGAAUUUACUCUCUUUUGGUCUGUUAGCAGUCAUAUGCAUCCUUUGGGCUCCAUCCAAUAACCCAACAAGGUACUCAUACUUAGCGGAAACAGGGGACGAGUUCGAAGAGGAAGGUGUCUCAUUGACGGGUACCGGAAUUAAGAGUACAGGAGAUGUUGAAAGGAAUGAUCUUUUAUAUGGGCUUGCAGACGAGGUUGAAGAGGACAAACGUGAGUGAACUCCUUGUCACAAGCAUUAUAUAGUUUACAUUAAAGAGUUUUUAGUGUAAGUCGUACAUCCCGGUUUGUAAACUUGAUGUAAAUCUUAUAACCUUUCUACCUGAGUAAGUUGUUUUCUGACCCUUUAGGACUUGUUUACUCAGAUCAAAAGUUCUUGUAAUAUUAACUGUUCUUGCAAUGUAGCUGCAGAUUAUACAGUCCUAAGGUGAUUCUCAAUUAGUUCGAGU